GGACCUUCAUGCGGAAGUCUCGGGGUUCUUAUUAUUACCAAAGCAGAACUAGCAUAUUUUCCUAAACUUCUAAACCUAAUUGUUAUUUUUCUCUUUGAAAAAAGAAAAAAGUUUAUUGAUUCUGACAGCCUACUGAUUAGUUGAAUAUGUCGUCGGAGGAAUUUGAGAAGUUGCACGAGAUGUACAGGUCGCUGUAUGAUGAGCUGAAGCUAAUACCAGACAGAGCCCUGAAAAGCCACGGAGAGGAGAGGAAGAGGCUUGUGAGGACAUUUGAUGAGAGGCAGGGGGAGGCCGAGGAAGUGUUACAAGGAAUGGAAGAGGAGCUGCGUGGUGCCCCUUCUUCAUACAGAAAUGCAAUGGGUGCCAAGCUGCGCCUUUACCGCAGAGAUCUCGGCAAGUUGCAGAGGGACAUGAAAAACUCUACACCUGGGUUCAGCACCUCCUCUCAAACAGUACAGGGAAGCCAUCAGAGCGUUUAUUCAUCACAAAAUCAACAAAGUACACACUUGCAGUCCCAGAGAACUCUUCUACUCCAGGGAACAGAGUACCUGAACAAUGCCAGCCAGAGUAUUGAGCGCAGUCAGCGCAUCGCUGCAGAGACGGAUCAGAUCGGCACAGAUAUCACUGAGGAGCUGGGGGAGCAGAGGGAGCAGCUGGACCGAACCAGAUACAGACUGGAAAAUACAGGAGAGAACCUGAGCAAAAGCAGAAAAGUUCUUCGUGCCAUGUCACGACGGUUGAUGACAAACAAGCUGUUGUUGGGUGUCAUCAUUUUAAUGGAACUAGCCAUUCUGGGCGCUGUGAUUUACCUGAAGUUCUUCCGAAAAAAAUGAAGAAGACAUCAUCUCCAUACAGGGCGAGCUCUGAAUCAAGAGCAAAGCCUUGGGGACUUUCUACCACUUUCCUUUUCAGCUAUCCAGUGGCAAUAAUCCUCUGUUGUUCCUGUCACUGCAUUGAUGCAGUGACCUUUUUCUAGUAUAGGGUUUAUGUUCAUGAGUUAGUGGGACAAGGAUGGCAAAUAACUAACGCUGUUAAUGGACCAGAACCACAGAAAUGCUCUAAACUUGCAUUUGAAAUCUUUAAGCUGCUUGUUGAUGCCUGUGAUGUCCUGCACGAUGAUGAAGAAAAGGAGGAGGAUGAUCUGGAUAUGUAAGCCACAAAUGAUGAAAAUGAAUAUUAACAUAGAAACCAUGAACUGACACCAGCUGAAUCUGUUUUGUAGCAUUGACCUGAAUGUGAACUCUGGAAAGAAAUCCUGCUUUAUUCUUUGAUCAAAUACACAUCUAAUCACUGUACUCUCAGGAGCCCUUAUUUAAAAGUAUUAAUGUUAAUAAAACAGUUUGAGCUCA